AUGCAGGGAAGACCAGCCCCUGCUGGUAGCAGAGUCACGAGUGAACCAACAACUGCCGGCGGCUCGACCGCAACUUCCUCUAGCAGCGGCUACACUGGAGGAGCACUGUACACCAUGGCAAAACCAGAGUACCAACGGCUCAGCGUAUUUCGUCUUUGCAGAUGCCUCCGCAACAAGGUAGACCGAGGUUGUGUGAGUUUAUAUGGAGUGGUGGCAGUUGGGCACAGCGACGAUAUCGACAGCGAUAGCGCGAUGGCCCAAAGAAGGCAGUGGCUUGCCGGAAGGCACAGUCACUUGCGCUUCCUUCAGCGAGUGGCCAUCUACGGCUCUCGUGACGUCUUCGCACAGUUCGACCUGGGACAGAAGCUCAUCGGACCGGCCGACACCUCCUUCCUCGAGAAGCAGGUCUGGUGCAAUCCCUUGACUUGGGACUUCGUUGACCUGGCCUACCUGGACAACACCUGGCAGGACUCGCUGUCAGGCCGGGGCGGCGGUGGCUUGUCGAGCCGCAAGACCUUCCUGUGA